UUCCUUUAUACUUUUAUAAUAAAUUUUUUCUUUAAGAAUAAUGAGUAAAAAAUUUGUAUUCUUUAAACAGUCGAGAAACAAAAAUUCUAACGACAACCAUAAAUCCAUGUAUCUGUCUAUUAAGCGUGCAGUAUAUUUAUCGACGCCAUUCGGUGCGGCGCAACGUCGACGAGAUGAUGAAAGUCUUAUAUAUCGUUUUUAUCCUUCUUCCCUUUACUUUUUCCCAGAAAGCAUGGCAGAAAGUUGGCUGUCAUAGAUUGGGUCACACUAGACUAAUUGAAAUUGGAGGUUGUGUUCGGUUUAGAGUUCAAUUAAAUGCUUGCCGAGGACAUUGCGAAAGCUAUACACUACCAAUACCAUUUAAUUCACCUAAUUCUAAAACAGAAAAACUCGAGUCAAAAGCUUCAUGUUGUACCGCUCUCCAAACUGAAGACGUUUAUAUGACUACAUGGUGCCAUAAUGGUCUUAGAAAGUUUAGAUUUACGUCGGCUACAGUUUGUCAGUGUUCAAUGUGUAAAGGAGAGUUGUGGUAAAAAUAAAUUCAAUUGUGUGUAACUUUCCUAAUGGUCUGUCAUCUAUAUUCAUUGUGUUUACAUAUUAAAUAAAAGUAAAUAGUUUAGUUAUAUAUCAAUUAUGUAAUAAAUGAACUUGGAAUUGAUAAAUAUUAAAUUGAUAAUACUUUAUUAACCGUUUUAAUGCCAUUUAUGGUGGGAAAGAGCGAAAAAAUUUGCAUAUUUUAGCGUUGCGUUCAAUAGAUGGCGCCGUUUUUGUCAUGCUGACGCCUCCACAGAUAGAAUUUAUAGGGAUUGAAGACACUUUUGUGGAAGCAAUGACUCUACUAUGGACCAAACUUUUCCUUCUUUUAGCAAUUUUUUAUAUGGUAAAGGCCGACGAGAAAUCAAGAAAGGGAACGGAAUUUGGAUGUUUCAAUAGUAGUCACAAAAUGAAUUUGAACAAAGAUUUGAAAAUUAACGCAACAUCCGUCCUUAAGUGCCGCCAUACGAUUCAAGUUCCAAUAUGCUGGGGAAGAUGUGAUACAUGGGAUAUACCAGAUUUUCAAUGGAAUCAUUCUGUUUGUUCGUAUGGUCGUAAAACUUUGAAAAAAGUAAAGCUUUUGGAUUGUGAUCCAAACCAUCCUGAUCCUUUUAUGUAUUUAUACGUAGCAGAUACUUGCGAAUGCAAGUUAUGCAAAGGGAUAGGUUGUAACUAUCUGCAUACCUAAAAGUGCUAAAAAAUAUUGUGGAAUGCGAUGUGAAGCAUACUCUAGCUAAAUUUUUUCCCUGCAUUCUUUUACCUAAAAAAAAAAGAACUAAAAAAAGGAUUUUUCUGAUUCUCUUGAACGAAACUUGAAAAAAAAUUAAAAAAAAAUCAAAACAAACUUUAUUCUACGCACUUGCCCCUUUCCAGAAGUAUCUUAUGAAAGCUAUGUAUAUAUUUACAUUGUAUAUGUAUUUUUUGUGUGACUACUUAUUGAAGAAAAGAUAUUGUCAUCAGUUCAAUAAUUCUUUCUAUUUAUAUAUACUUUUCUGCUAUGUUUUCUUUUCUUCUUCAAUCUGCAAUGUCCAAGGAAUCUUUCUGAAAGAUAAAUUCCAGUUAAUUUUUUUCUUUUAACUUUGUUUAGACUCCAAAAGGAAAAAGAAAAACAAAACAAUGCUUUGUAUUCAAUGUUCAAAUGUUGCUGAAUUCAUGUCUUUAAUGUAAUCGUAUUUUGCUAUUCAACUCUGAUCCUUGUAGUAUUUUUUUGCGAUGAAUUUUAAUAUUACUUGAAUGAUUUUAUUUUUAUCGCUUCUAUUAAAAAAUAAACUCCGAGUAGCUUCUGUUGCUGAAAAAUGCGUAUUAAUCAAUUAAAACAAAUCAUUCAAUACACAGUGUUUUAGCUCUAGAUAUAACGGAUAAAAUCUUUAUUAUUAUAUAAAAGUUUUGAUUUCUAUAAAUUUUAG